GGGGCAGGAUGGAGACGCUGAGGACCCGCACGGUGCAGGAGCUCCAGGAGCUGCAGGAGAACACGGAAGAGAUCGAGCGCCUGGCGCUGGAGUCGCAGGAGGUCCAGGAGCUGCAGCUGGAAAGGGAAAUGUCCCUGGCUGCCAACAGGAGCUUGGCUGAGCAGAACCUCAAGUUCCAGGCGCCGCUGGAGACGGGGCGCACCGAGCUCUGCAGCAAGUACGAGGAGCUCCAGAACCUGGCUCAGAGGUGCCAGGAGCAAAAGGCAAAGCUGGAGAAGUUCUCUGCAGCACUGCAUCCCCAGACCUUGCUGGACCUCCUGCAGGUGGAAAGCCAGAAGAUUGAAGAGGAGUCUGAGCAAAUGGCUGAGAAGUUCCUGGAGGGUGAUGUGCCCCUGGAGACGUUCCUGGAGCAGUUUUCCACCAUGAGGAAGUUGGCCCAUUUGCGCCGGGUCAGAGUGGACAAGCUCCAGGAGAUCCUCAGGAAGUCAGGAGCGCCUCAGGAGCAGCCACCUCCUCCUGGACCUGUGCCCACAGAACCCCCAAAGCCCCCUCCUUCAACAGCUCCUUCCUUCCCCUUGCCCUACAGCCCAGCCCCAAGCAUUCCAGCUGGGCCCACAGCACACGGAGCUCUCCCUCCUGCUCCCUUCUCUGCCUCCCCAGUCGCCAUGGGAACCGCUGCUCCAUCCCAGCCCACCUUUCCCUACAAACCUCCUCCAGCUCCUGGGUACCCACCGGCACAAGGUGCUGAUGCCGGGUAUCCCAAACCACCCUCAGGAGGCUCUGCUCCAGCACCAGGUUAUUCCUGGUCUCCAUCCAGGGGCCCACCACAGCCCCCCUCUUUUCCUGCCUCUCAUCCUCCUCCUCCUCCUCCAGCACCCCCCAGACCCGGAUACCCUCCCUUCUUCCCACCUGGAACAGCGAGACCCCAGUGUCCAUACCCAACCCAACCUCCUCUCCCUAACUUCCCAAUCCCCCCCCAACCUCCUUACCCUCCUGGAGCACCUGCACCCUUUGGGUUCCCCCCACCUCCCAAUCCCCAGCGCCCUGCUUGGCCUGGCUACUAAAUAUGGGACUCCUGGCUCCUGGAAUAUGGGA